AGAAUGAUUGCUAAGUAUUUCAUCAUCGGUAUCUAAUUUUCUUAAAAGCCGCCAGUCUUGUUUUUCUUAAAAAAAAUUCUUUUUUUUGCGUGUGUUUACACAGAAAAUAUAGAAAUCCACAGUACAACAACAGAGAGUGAAAAAAAUGAACUACUUUAUUUUUCUGACGGUUUGAUCCACUAAUUAAAGAAUUGAGUAAUGCUAUCCAUCGGAUUAUCUUAUAAAACUAGAAGUUGAAAGUUAACACGAAUUUUUAUAUAGUUUAAUAUAGAAAAGUAAGUCAGCUUAGGUUUUAUCAUCAAGCUAUUGGUUGACAAUGUCGGAUGAAAGCGAUUUAUAGGACUAGUAAGUAAUUAUUCUAUUAAUCUAAUGUUGUUUAAAGAUUUAACAAUGACAUGAACUUUUAGCAUGGCCGAAACGUUACACGUUCACGUGUCAGUGACGUUUAGUUUCUUCCCACGUAUCCAAAACUCAAUUAUUUGUAUAUUUUUCGUAUUUUGCCGGCUCGUAAUUUCUUGAAUUGAUUAUAGUUGUUUCUGGUUAUAAUUUGAAAACUAAUCUUAUCUAAGUUUUUAGAGGUUUACCAUUUCAACAUGACAGGCAAAAUACUUACAGGUGUGCAAUGCACCCUGCACACUGCACAAUCAAAGCGUAGAUCAGAGAAUGGUACCACGAUUUUCUAAUUUAUACACUAAUUAACACACAUUACUUAAUUUGGAUAUGUUAGUUAAUUCUUACAUAUUCGUAUGAGUCAUAGUUACAAUUCAAGACUAUCCCAAACAUUUGGACAACUCAAGGUUUAUGAUAAUCUAUGUAAACAUUAAUCAUUAAUAUAAUAUAUUUUUUAUGAGACCUGGCAAUAGUUGACAAUAGUUUAUGCACCACUAUAGUUAUUUCAGAUAUAAUAAUUAACUUUUUUUUUGGGCAACAAUAAUUAACUUUUCUAAGUGAUUCAAUAGCCAACCAACAUUAUUUUAUGUUACGUUUUCAAUCAACCGAGCAUUGACAUUAACUUAUUAAAUGAUAAUACUCUGAAUCUGGAAUCUGACAUUGCAGCAGGUAUCAUUGGAUUUAUUUAAUUAAGUUUUCGAACGGAUAAUGCAAAGUUUUCGUUUAAAAAUUUAUAAGGGAAUAUACCAUUGCAUUCUCAACAUUUUUAUACUACCUGGAUUAUGAUAUGGGUUAUAUUGAGAGCAAAAAUAGCCCUAUCAUUGAAUGUUAGAUUUUUGAUGAUUCGAAAAUUGCAUACAUAUUUAUUUAUACUUGUCAUUUUGAACCGGAAGUUUUAUCUAUUUUAUUAGUAGUUUUUUUUAAUCAAUCUUAAUAUAGUAUUAGGGUUCAAGUUGACCCAAAACAGAUUUCCCUACCCAAAAGUAAAUUCAAUUCCAGCCAAUAUAGAUCAAAAUCAAAUUAAAGAGUUUCUUAAAUUAAGGAUACGUUAUAACAUUCAACUCGAAGACGUUCAACCCGGUACAUCGAUCGGUUCCAAAAGAAAAUAGCCAAUCCAUCUAAAGCCGACUGAGACCCCAAUUAAAAGGAUCAUUAUUUCAUCUUGACUGUGUAAUUGCAACGGUGAGUGUGAUUCGAACGUUUAUAUGUAUUCACGCUUUAACCCCAUAUGACGGGUUGAGCUAUACCUGUCCAAAAAAUCGAGAACAUAAAUCUUAGAAACUAACUGUCUUAUUCUUUCACUUGUGCUACAUAAACUAUAAUAAAUUCCAUUUAAUUUACAUCAGUUCAGUGUUUCAGUUUAAUUGUCGCCGUAGAGUAAAAUUUUUGUUUUAAAAUAAAUGCCGUUUUAAAAUUUCAAUAUUAAAUUUAUUAACAAUAUUCUCUAGUCUAUUUUUUUAUUGGUUGAAAUAUGGUUACAUGUAUUAGUAAUGAUAUUUUUAUUUUGAAAAUAUGCAAAACUUAAUGUUUUCUUCAUAUGUGUGUAUAAACCUAAAAAUACAAUUAAAGUGAAACGGAUGGAGUACGUAAUAAACAAAUGGUGGUCGGUGUUUUAUUCUGAAAGUUUAAUCAUAUUCAUUUUGUGUUUAUGUGUAUAAAUGGAAUUUGCUUAUGUGCUUCAGAGCGAGGUAAAACUCGAUCAAGAAGCUUUGGUCAACUUAAGGCCGAUAGAAAGAUGUUUUUUUUUUUUGGUACAAGCCGAUAGAAAGAUGUUUAAUGAUGGCGAUAAUAGAGAUAACUACUUUUUUUUUUCUUUGAACCAGAGAGAUAACUACAUUUGACACUUUUACACAGAAGUCUAAGAUAUAUAUUUGGCAAACGUAUAUUUUUUCUUUUAAUUUAUUUGUUUACUUCUUUAGACAAGCAAAGCAUAUUUUUUGCCUUUCUUACAAGUGGCAAGUACACAAAUAUGACUUUCAAUUUUUCCCCACCUGAAUGAUAUCCUGUCAAAUUUAUGUAUCAUCUCAUUUGAUUAAUUUUAGUGAUCUAGUUUAUUUUAGUAGCAUUUUAGUAAGCGUUGAAAUAUAUUAUUUGUAUUAUUAUUUUUAACCUGGCUACUUCAAAUUCGUUUAGUUCUAAAAUAUAAAUUUGGUAUAUAUAGUUAUCUCUUUUUUUUUUAAUAAAGUGGGUGAAUUACUUUUGGAGAAAAAUAAAUUACGGUUGGUUCCCUACGUAAAAACUAUGGAUUCUCAAGUUCUCAUGCGUACUUAUUGUAAACCUGUAUUUGAUAUAGAUACAAAAUCAAUAAAACUAAGUAUUUUAUAUUAUAUAUUUUUUGACAAAAGAGUUUCUAUUUUUUUGUAACCGAAAAGGGCUUUCUAUUUAAAUGCAAGAAACAAACUAAGUACUUUAUAGUACAUUGCUACCUUUUAUUUUACCAAAGUGUUGAUGGUCGAAUGGUAAUUAAUUACUUUGUGAUAUAGAUUCAGACCACCUUUUUGAUAUAUAAUUUUUUUAUAGUAAAAAUUGACUCCAAAACGGAAAGAGAUUAAAUGCUAGAACACUAGUAUUAAAGGUAUUUCUAAGGCUUCGAAUGGUGACCAUCGUCCCGUUCCACCCCAUCCUGCAGUUAAAUGUAACAAAAUUCUCUAUAUAUAGUAUAUAUUUAUACAUUUUUAUAACUGUUAGAACCGCACCGCAGUUAAACCGCUUGUCCCGCACCGCUCAAACCGCAGUCACCAUUCGGAGCAUUAGAAGUUCUGAAAAUAAAAGAAAAUUAUUGAUACUUUAUUAGGUUGAGUACUUUAAAUUCAAGAAAUCUACCUCAAAAUAUCUAUAAAUAUAUUGAGAAUCCAUGUUAAAAGAAUCACUAUUGGUCAGAAACUUUCACUGUUAACAAAAAAUAGAAAUAAAAACUUGAUUCUAUUUAUAAAUGUACAACAAUGUACCAAAAAUAUUUUGUUAAGAAGAAUAUAAAUUAAAAGGAAUGUACAAUUACAUAUCCCAUAAUGGAAAAAUACAUAUAGACUUCCUCAGAAAGCACCUAUUGUCAGUUGUCAACCCUAGCCAGAUAAUAUAUUUUUCAAAAAAGAAAAGAAGAAAUAUUCCCGCGCAAUCACAGGUAAUCUUGGUAGACUGGAGGCUAUAUAAGGAACCCUAGUAAGAGCCAGAUACUCCAUCUCUCUCCCUACUCUUACUUUUCCCUCACGUUUCUGUUUUCAGAUAUUAACAUCCGUAAGUAUUUCAUGUUUUUCUAUCGAUAUUUCGUGUACUAAUAUUCUCUUUAUGUCCAAUAUUUCUUUUGUAUCUAUCAAUAAGAAAAUGGCUAAGCUUUUUUACAAAAAAAAAAGAAAAAGAAAAUGACUAACUCGUAAAAACUUUUAAAUUUUCGGCAGAACUAAAAGGUAUGGGAACGAACGGGACAACAUGUUCAGGAACGAUGAAAGCAACCUCUAAUGGAGUCUUCCAAGGAGAUGAUCCUCUGCAUUACGCGUUGCCUCUUCUCAUACUCCAAAUCUGUAUCGUUCUUCUUCUCACUCGUGUUCUUGCUUUUCUCCUCCGCCCUCUCCGGCAACCACGUGUCAUCGCCGAGAUAGUGGGUGGAAUAUUACUUGGUCCAUCAGCUCUUGGCAAAAGCUCGAAGUUUCUCAACACAGUCUUCCCAGCAAAGAGUCUGACGGUUCUUGACACACUUGCAAACUUAGGUCUCAUCUUCUUCCUCUUCCUCGUUGGCCUCGAGCUUGACCCUAAAUCCCUCAAGCGAACAGGAAAGAAAGCUCUCUCCAUCGCUCUAGCUGGAAUAACUUUCCCUUUCAUCCUCGGCAUCGGAACUUCUUUUGUUCUCCGUAGCUCCAUUGCUGAUGGUGUUAGCAAAGCUCCUUUCCUUGUCUUCAUGGGGGUUGCUCUCUCCAUCACCGCCUUUCCCGUCUUGGCUCGUAUUCUCGCUGAGAUCAAGCUUCUCACAACUGAUAUUGGGAAGAUAGCUUUGUCCGCUGCUGCUGUUAACGACGUGGCCGCUUGGAUUCUACUUGCUCUCGCGGUGGCUCUCUCGGGCGAUGGGAACUCUCCUCUCACUUCUUUAUGGGUGUUUCUAGCGGGUUCCGGUUUUGUCCUGUUCUGUAUCUAUGCAGUGCAACCGGGGAUCAAGUGGAUAGCUAAACGUUGUCCUGAAGGGGAACCAGUUAAAGAACAAUACGUGUGUUACACGUUAGGUAUUGUUCUUGCUGCUAGCUUUGUCACGGACUUGAUUGGGAUCCACGCUUUGUUCGGUGCGUUUGUGAUCGGUGUUAUCUUCCCUAAGGAAGGUAACUUCGCGAACUCUCUUGUUGAGAAAGUUGAGGACCUUGUGUCAGGUCUUUUCUUGCCGCUUUACUUUGUCUCAAGCGGUUUGAAGACCGAUGUUGCGACGAUACAAGGAGCUCAGUCUUGGGGGCUUUUGGUUUUGGUUAUUUUUACUGCUUGUUUUGGUAAGAUCGUUGGCACGGUGGGGGUUUCUCUUUACUGUAAAGUUCCACUUGACGAGUCGUUGGCACUCGGUUUCUUGAUGAACACGAAAGGUCUUGUCGAGCUCAUCGUCCUUAACAUUGGUAAAGACAGAGGGGUUUUGAACGAUCAAGUCUUUGCUAUAAUGGUACUAAUGGCGAUUUUCACAACGUUCAUGACGACUCCUUUGGUUUUAGCUGUUUAUAAACCGGGUAAAUCCACAACCAAAGGCACUUUCAAGAACCAAACGGUCGAGGAAACGAACCAGUCGAACAAACCGCUCCGUCUCAUGUUCUGUUUCCACAGCAUAAUGAACAUUCCCACCAUAGUGAACCUCAUAGAAGCGUCCCGAGGCACGAACCGUAAAGAAAGCCUAUCAGUCUACGCGAUGCAUCUGAUGGAGCUUUCCGAGAGAUCAUCAGCUAUACUAAUGGCCCACAAGGUCAGAAAAAACGGUCUCCCUUUCUGGAACAAAGACAAACCUGGAACUAGCUCUUCCGACAUGGUGGUGGUUGCAUUCGAGGCUUUCAGGAGACUCAGCCGUGUCUCUGUCCGUCCAAUGACGGCGAUCUCAGCGAUAUCGACUAUACAUGAAGACAUAUGCCGAAGCGCUGAACGCAAAAGCGUCGGUAUGGUGAUUCUUCCGUUUCACAAGCACGUUAGGCUGGACAGAACAUGGGAGACGACUAGGAACGAUUACCGUUGGAUUAACAAGAAGGUUAUGGAUGAGUCUCCAUGUUCUGUCGCGAUUCUUGUCGAUCGUGGUCUUGGUGGUACCACUCGUGUCGCGUCUAGCGAUUUCUCGUUGGCUAUAACGGUUUUAUUUUUUGGAGGGAAUGAUGAUCGCGAGGCGUUAGCGUUUGCAGUGCGUAUGGCGGAACAUCCUGGUAUUACGUUAAACGUUGUUCGGUUUAUUCCUAGUGAGGAGUUUAAACCGGAUAAUGUGAAGCUAGAGAUAACCGAAGAUCAAGUCGGUUCUUGCUCAGGGGAGACCAGAUUGACUGAUAUAGAAGCUAUUACCGAACUUAAAGCAAAGAUUAAAGAACAAGAAAGCUCUCGUUCUGAUUCGGACACCGAAUCUCAGAUCGUGUAUGAAGAGAGAAUCGUGAAAUGUCAAGAGGGAGUUUGCGAGGCUAUCAAAGAAUAUUCAAGAAGUAAUCUUUUCUUGGUGGGGAAGUCGCCGGAUGGUUCAGUUGCGUCGGGACUAGACGUGUUAAGAAGCGACACGCCAGAGCUUGGUCCGGUCGGGAACUUGUUAACGUCAAGUGAAAGUGUUUCGACGGUGGCCUCGGUGUUGGUGGUGCAACAGUACGUAGCAAGAUGUGAUUCUCAUGUCGUGGGAGUUUUGAAGAACGUCACGGAGGAAGAGUUGCCGGUUAAGGAUACCGAGAGUCCUUAGGGAAGUUUCUCUUUGGGAUUCUAAGGUCAAAACAUUGACUUUGUAUAAUAACAUCUGUUUCAUGUUGUAACAAAAAAUUUGAAUAUAUGAUUUCUAUGUUUCAAAAGAGAAAACGUUUGAUUACAUAUGGUAGGUGUUCGUAACAUUUGAAUUAAAUUAACCAAGAGGAAGUAUAAUUAUAGAGACCGUUACUAGUCAAUAAUUAUUGUUAAAGCAUUUUAGGAAUUAAAUUCAGGUGGAUUUUUAAUGUGAUCAUCAAUUCAUGUUAUAAUUCGGUAAGAACUUGAUGCUAAUUGUUUAAUGUGUAAGAUCCAUGUAGGUAGUUUGCCGAUGACGAGAGAAAAUUAAUUCGGAAAGGACGUAAAUAUUUCAUGGAAAUAAAUUUGAAAAUAAUUAAUUAUUAUAUAUAACUGAAGAUUAAAUUGUAAAUUUAGUAACAAAAUGCUUUUUUUUAACAAAAAAAAAAGAAGAAGUAACAAAAUGCCCCUUAAGACAAAAAGAAUCUUAAUCACACAUUACAAUAUCGAUUUAAAGGUGCAAGUUCAAUUUAGUUUUUUUUUUUUUUUUGUAACACGCAAGUUCAAUUUAGUAUAAUGUAUAAAUAUUACGGUGAACCAACGAUCUACCAGGCACUCCUCCACCCGAAUUCUAUUCUCAUUGGCAGGGAUUAAUAUUGUUUGGUCGUCCACAAAGAAGUGAAACCACGUUUAGAUAGAAAUUAUGGCAUCCUAACAAUUGAUGAAACUCAUAGUUAUCAAAUCGUUUUGACAAUUCGUUAAUAUGACCAAUGAUUGGGUUGAUAAAAUUGCUACAAAAUCGGGUUACUAUUCGCAUAUAUACGCUAUUAAAAUAGAGUUUUAAAUUUAUCUACCAUUGAAGUUGUCAUUUAAGUUUUGGACUGUUUCAAGUUUGUUAGUGUGUUACAUAAUUUACGGACCAUAUCCUGUUAGUUACAAUUAAUUAUACAAUAAAAUUAAAACUAGAUAACUUAAAUUAAACCAACAAUCUAUUAUAUUAUAACAACCAAACGAAUUAUGUUCUAUUGAAUUAUGUUCUAUCUACUCUAUUAAACUAUACCGAUUGUAUAUUUACAAUUAUAUUAGCAAUUCAAUAACUCUCCUAUAGAUUAAACUUUGCUCUAAGUUGAUUUAUAAUUUUCUCUUAUCAACAUCAUAUAAUUUUCUCUAUACCGAACAUGUAUAUGUUUGGUUCCUCUUUAACUUACAUGCCAUUAUGAACAGAUGACUUAGAGACUUAGAGAUACAUGUCAUUAUAUAAAAGUCAAUAAUAUAAUUUCAAAAGUGCCAAAAUAUGAUAUCUAUUUAUAAAAAUCUAUUUAAAAAAAAUAGAGUAUAAGUUAGGAAUUACAUGUAUUAUUUAUUUAAAAAAUAUUUGUAACUACUAAUUUCGAAAAUAUAAUCCUUAUCUACAAGAAAAUUACAAAGAUAUUAUUCAGCAAAUAUUUCAAAAAUAUAAUCCUUAUCUACAAGAUUCUUAACAAGAUAUUAUUCAUACUAACUUGACUUGCACACCAAAUAAUCGAUAACAACAUAAUACAAUUUAUUUAUCACGAGAUUUUCUCAUAUUUGAAAGUUUAUAUUUUUUAAAAUAAACUAAACAAUCACAUUAACCAUAUAAUAAAAAAUUAGAUUUUUUUCUUAUACGUUAUAUUUUAAUUUUUUUAAAACGUCUAUAAAUUACUAAAUCUCGGUCGAUACACCAAAGAUUUAUUUAGAAGCUAUUGAAAUCACCUAGCGAGAAUAUGGAUUUCACAACAAAUUUGCUUUCGUAACCUUUACCCCCUUUCUCUUCGUCACAAUACCGAAAAUGAAUAAUUUGAAAGUGUCGAUUAAAAAUCUGAAAUGGUAAUGUUUUCUUUAGUUCAGUCCAUUGUUUUCCUUAACUAGAUGUGCCACGUACAUAGAAGAAUGUAUUUUGGCCUAAAAAUGAUUGCAUACCCCAAAUCAAUACGAAUCAUCAUCAAUUUUGUCUAAAACUUUGUUACAAUAAAAAAUAUAGGUUUGGGCAAAAAAUCUGAAUCCAAAAAAUCGUACCAAAGGUAGUAAUGAACUUUAAUCAAAAUUGGUUAGAUAUCCGAACGGGUUCAAAAUUUUGGUAUCUAGAGAACCAAAAUGGAACCGGAUCCGAAACAAAAUAUUUCGGGUAUCCGAAUAUAUUCGAACCAUAUAUAUAUACUUAAAUAUAUUAAUUAUUUUAAAAUUUAAUAUUUAAAGAAUAUACAAAAUAUAUAAGAUGUUUUUAAGUUGUCCAAAGUACUUAAAAAUAUAUAUAAAUAGUUAAAAGUACAUGUUUAAAAUAGUUAAAGGAUACUCAAAAUACCAAAAUUACUUAAAAUAUCUAUUUAUUUCAUAUCCAAAUAUUUAAGAUAAACCAAAUUUUAUUUUAAGUUUAAGUAUUUUGGCAUACAUUAUUCUAAUUUAUAUGUUAUAUAUUAUUUUUAUUUUUAGAUUUUGAGAUAUUUAAAGUAAAUAUGAAUUUUAUUUUGUUUUUAAAGUUAAAGUAGUUAUCCGAAUCCAAACUCAAACCAAACCCGCAAAGAUUCGAAUUAAAUCAAACUUGCAAAGAUCAGAACAAACCGAACCGAGCCAAAUCGAACCAAACCAAAUGGUACCCGAGUGUCCACUCCUAAGAUUCAAAUGUACAAAAAAGUUAUUCAUAGCAAAGUAUACUAUUUAUAAUAUUUAAAUACAAUAUAUUUU